GUCUACAUAUGUCUUCUCAGACGAAUGUAUACUUUACAUUUGCUUUGUUAUUUCUGUAAGGCAUACAAAUCUAUACUCAUAGAGUUAUAUAGUUUGACCAGAUUGACAACAUCAUGGUGUCCCUGUCCGGAGACUCUGUGUAUCCCCACGAUGUCCUCACUGUGUUGUUCUGUCUGCUGACAGUAUCCCAGGCGUACGUUAAUGUCGCCCUCAACAAACCAGCAUACCAACAGAACCCAUACGUUGUUAACGGAGAUUACGACACAUAUGACGCUAGUAACGCUGUAGAUGGACAUAAAUCAGACCUGAGUAGUUGGGGAGGUCAAUGUGCUAUAUUAUCAGAUUGGGGACAAACCGCCACCUGGUGGGUGAACCUGACAACCAUCCACAGCAUCAACCACAUCACCAUCUACUUCGUGACGAACAAUAAACCAUGGGGUCCUUCUAAUGUGCUCACUAAGUUUUUCCUUGGAUUCUCGGUGUACGUCUCCAAUACAACAGAUAGACUACAGGGAACACUGUGUUACAAAGACGACAACUUUACACUAGACACCAUACCUGCUGUCUUCACCACCGCCUGUCCUGUAUAUGGACAGUACGUCAUCUUCUACAACGAGAGACUACCAGGAGUUACCUACCCUGACGAGUACUCCGAUUUUGUUUACAUUGCCCUCUGUGAAGUGGAGGUGUACGGAUGUCCUGCUACCGGAUAUUUUGGGUCCAACUGUUCCGUUCCCUGUCCAGACGUCAACUGUCAGUACUGUCACAUAGAGACGGGCACCUGUCGGGGCUGUAAACCUGGAUACAAAGGUCACCGAUGUGAAAUCACUUGUGAAAGGGGAACGUAUGGUGCUGGCUGCAAAGAAACAUGUGGAACCUGUCGUGACGUAAACCAGUGCUCCAUCAACAAUGGGACUUGCUUAACUGGGUGUGAUGCUGGUUAUAAAGGAGACUUGUGUAAAACUGCUUGUGACAGAGGGUGGUAUGGCUACGACUGCAAAGAAACAUGUGGACAUUGUCGUGACAGAUACCUGUGUUCCAACAUCAAUGGAUGGUGUCGGACUGGAUGUGACCCUGGUUAUCAAGGAGACCUGUGUAAAACAUCAUGUGACAGAGGGUCGUAUGGUUCUGAAUGCAAUGAAACAUGUGGACAUUGUCGUGACGUAGACCAUUGUUCCAAUAUUAAUGGGACGUGUUCGACAGGAUGUGAUGCUGACUAUCAAGGAGACUUGUGUAAAACUCCUUGCCCCGUUGGAUAUUUUGGAGAAGACUGUUCGGAGACAUGUAUCAACAGUUACACAUGUGAUGGAUGUAACGAUGUCAGUGGUUCAUGUGAUUAUGGCUGCCGUCCUGGCUGGAUAGGAUACUUCUGUCAAAAAAAUCGAUCUAAAACAAGGCUUGACUACCUGAGUCUCAAAUCUCAUCACGGUAGAUAAGACGGAUUCAAACCUUUCGAUAGCUGAAGCAGACCUGGAUUAUUGGAUCGUCAUUUGCUAUUCCUAUUUGUUCAGCAUAAGACAACCGGUAGUGCAUUUGACUUUUAUCUUUUAUGUGUCUGACAUGACAUGUGGUAAUGAAACUUGUACGUGUCCGUCAUUACCUGUGUUCAAGAAACGUGUACGUGUCCGCCAUUAACCUGUGUUCAAGAAACUUCUACGUGUCUGCCAUUACCUGCGUUCAAAAAACGUCUAUGUUUCCGCCAUUACCUGUGUUCAAGAAACGUCUACGUGUUAGCAAAUACCUUUGUUCAAGAAACAUGUAUGUGUACGCCAUUACCUUUGUUCAAGAAACUUGUAUGUGUACGCCAAAACCUGUGUUCAAGAAACUUGUACAUGUCCGUCAUUACCUGUGUUAUAGAAACGUGUACGUGUCCACCAUUACAUGCGUUCAAGAAACAUAUACAUGUCUGCCAUUUUCUGUGUUCAAAAAACAUGUACAUGCCUGACAUUACCUGUGUCUGAGAAACUCCGUCCGCCGUUUAGGAUGCAUCAUACAAUUUUUGCAUCUGACAUAACUUGUGUAUAGAUAUUUAAUGGAAUGAAAAAUUAGUUCUUUUCAAAAACGUUUUACUAUGUUGUAAUUUUAAGUGGAUUACAUUGUACAACGUUUUUUUGUUUUUUU